CCUUUUUAUAUGAAGAAUAAGCUGUUUAGAUUUUUAAACAGUGUAUCUUUUUGUCAGGCUGUUUUCUCGGGGCUAAUCUCAGCAGUUCUGACAUGUCGUUUAUCCACACUUUUAACUCCCAGCAAUGCCAGCUUAGCAAUGCCCCAGAGCUGUAGAAUCAUGCUGCCUCACCCAUGCAGAUGCACUGACUGCAGGAUGAUGUAAGGAGGAGGCUGGCAGUGGUUGCUGUACUGACAGUCUGCAUGUGGCAGCCAGACCCUACAGAUGUAGAGGAAGCACAGAAUCCCAGGCUCAGGCAGAGGUGACGGGAGCCAUUCUCUCUCUUUGCAUCGGAUCAUCUAUUUCCUGACUGUUCUCGGUGAGGCUCUGCAUGCAUUAAAUGCACCGACAAUGCAGACGCAUGGAUCUUGCAGGAUGUUGUGAUUUAUCUGUGCGACAUGCUCAUGGCUGGUUAUUUGGGGAAAGGGGAAGAGUGAAUAUGUGAUUGCUUAUAUAAUUUGUGUUUUAGCAAUUAACUAUAAUUUGAAUUUGGAGAAAUGUAAAAUGUUCUAUUUAAAAAGGCAUGUUUCAAAUGUCCCUGAUAUACAAGAUGACUCAAUAAUAAGCAUCGAAGGUACAGAGUGAGAUGUCAUUAAAAAGGACUCAGAUAAGGUUAAGUUAGAGUUGGAGGAGGAGGUUGGGGUUCGGCUAGCAAUUUAGGGUUGGGGUGGUGUACAGUAGGGGUAGGUAGCCUUCUGCACUCCAGAAGUUGUGGACUUCAUCUUCCCUGAUGCUUUGCCAGAUGUAGUCCACAAUACCUGGAGUGUUGCCUACCCCUGAGGUAAAGCUAGAGGGCGGUAGGGAUAGGGCAAAUCUAGAUCCUCAGAUGAUGCUUUGUCAUUCUAAAGGCAUUCCAAAGGCAUGCAAAGCAUCAUGGGAUCUGUAGUUCCUUAAUAUCUGGAGAUCUACCAUUUGGGCACCCCUGGGAUAUGUUUAAUGUUAUAAGGAACGUAUUGGGGGGGCUUAGGGUUAAAUGGUUACCAGGCUUAGGUCAUCUGACUGUAAUUCCCAUGAUUCCUAGCCAGACACUCCUUAACACUACAUUAUCCAGAUAUCCUUUUUAAUGCCAUGUUUUGUUUUAAUGAUGAUACAGUUUUGGGACGGAAGCGUCAUUAUUACAUCUUCCUUUUUCACUGGUGGGUUUUUUAAAGCAACUUUUAUAAAAGUCAGUUUUUAAAGUGAAAUCAUUGAAUAUUUGGCUUUCUACUAUUGUUAGCUGAUUAAAAGAUAUUUAAGGGUUUAUUGAUUAAACAGUGAAUUGUGAUGAAUGAGAAAUAGAAUUUGCAAAAAUUGGGCCAAUAGUCGCCUGGGAAAAUGUUUCCACUCAUAACUUGUAUAGUUUAUUGUCUGCUUAUUGCAAUUCAUUGCGUUUAUUCCUCACCUGUAUUCCAAAUUUAGAAGCACAGCAGAGGAUUGUGGGAGUUGCAGUCCACAGCAGGGGCAGGCUGCUUGCGAGUAGGAUGUCUCUUCUUUUCAGAUACCUUCACGUCUCUGGGUGAUUUCUUAGAAUAAAAUAAUAUAGUCUAGUUUAUUCACUACACAGCGAAAUGUGUGAAACUGACAUCUAAACUGAAAACUGAAUGCAAAAUAAGCAAGCUGGAAAAAGAUCUCGAUUUCAGCUCUUUUUCGGCCUCAAUUCACCACAAUUCAUUAUACUGUGAAUUCUAGAUAACCGACAAUACCAUGGGAACACUCUAAAACACAGCCGAAUCAGAUCAACUCUCCACCUCAGCUCAGUUAAAAAUCCCAUCAAUAAUAAUUUAACAAAUAAUACCCGUAGUGAAGCUGUGUACGGAUUUGAGCACAGGCGUCCAAAAACAGGACAUCCCAACUCAAACAACGAUUUGUCAAUCUAAAGAUGAUGUCAUUCUGUGCAAUUAUGUCAUCACAGAGCUGAAUUGCUGUGAAUUUCCAAAUUAUUGCUAAUAUAGCCAAGAUCUGACUAUAGCUGAAAUGGAUCAUUUUUCCAAAAAAAAAGCAUAUUUUCCCAUUAAUUUUGUAAUUUUCAAUAAUGUACGCUUUUGUUUUUUGCCGUAAGAAAACCCUGAGAGUUUGCACUUGUGUGAUCAUUAUUUGAUUAAAGUGUAAAAAUGCAUUAUGUUAAAAAUCAAUUAUCCAACUAGUUUAAAUAUUCACUUUGCCAGCUCACCUACUUAACUCCUCUCCUCCCGCUCUGUACUUUCCCAAAAAAACUUUCAGCAUGUAAACACACUAGCUAUGGGCCUCAGGACAUUUGGUGCCUUGUCUUAUGAAAAAAAACAACUUGGUUUAAGGACCCGAGACAGCCCUCUCUAUUUAUCUGGUUUUAAUAUGUCUUCUGUUUUGAUAUAGAGCCAACAUGUAUUGCUGUGUUUUCUCUUCAUUAUGUAUCCUUCUGGAAAUGGUAACAUUUAAUGUUUUUAUAAAGCUCCUGGAAAAUCGAUGGAGACCAUCCCAGACGACGUUCUAGCCCGCAUCCUGGCUGGACUGCCUGCCGAAGAGUUAAUCCUUGUGUGCCGUUUGGUGUGCAACCAGUGGAAAAAUAUCGUGGAUGGGGCUGAUGUUUGGCAAAUUAAGUGUCACCAAGAGGGUUUUACUGAGGCUGUGAGGGAGACGGAGACGGAGAACUGGAAAUCUGUUUAUUUCCUGAACAAAAGGAAGACAAACCUCAUCAAGAACCCCUGUGGGGAAGGUGACAUAACAAUAAUAGUACAUUCAGAGCCAUAUGUGAGAUAGGGAACUGCUUAGCGCCUGUGCCAAACAUUUAUCGCAAUACUAUUUAUUGUGACUCUUAGUUGAAAACUGUGGCCAGGGUCUAAUGACAUCAUUAACAAGAACUGGCCAGGAAAGUUCACAUUUUAGGAUAGCAUAGCGUAGAUGGCCAAACUGGAGGUUAUUUUCAAUAUGACUCUUAUCACUGAAACAUGUAAAUUCUCUGCUUAAAUGAAUGUAUACUUUGAUAUUAAAGUAGAUCUAUCAGUUUUGGGGUCAUCACAGGUUUUACAAACACUUCCCCUCAGGUAACAUGUCAGCGGCUCGGCGAUGAAAGAUCCGUGAAACCCUCCACCAAUCUUGGAGAUGCAAUAAGCAUCGAAUAUUGCACGAGAAGAAACAUUUUCCCACCAUGUGUCACAAGUGAUAGCUAAUGGGCCGUCACAAAGAGAGACGGAAUAGCAUUAAUUAAUAGCUAUGCCAUUUUGCUAUUUACAAUGCACAAAUGAGACAAAUUAGUCGAAAUAUACAUCUUUUGACUGUGGUGGAAUUUCAGUAAAGGUUUUACUCAAUAUAUAUAGGCAGCUUAUUAAAUCUAGGUCACUGUUUUCUAAAAUACCUUCAAUGACUCCAUGUGAUUUACAGAGGAAUAUGAGUUCUGGAACGAUUUACAAAAUGGAGGAGAUGGCUGGAAUAUUGAAGAUCUUCCGGGAGACAGUGGGCAGGACUUUCCUAUCGAAGGAAUCCAGAAAUACUUUGCCUCAUCUUUUGAGUAAGUUUAACACAUAUACAAAAAUAGUCUCUCAAAUCUAGAUACUCAUAUUCUACUCACAGCUAGAUACUCUGUAUCUAAAUGACCCAUAAUGAUUACAACACAUUGAAUUGGUUGUAGUGCAACCAAACCAUUUUGGAGAGGCUGAACAAGAACCCACGUGCUCCCUGUCAUCCGUAGCCCUUAUCCUCUUCAGCCACACUUAUAACGCAGAAUUUCCAUUUCUACAAUAUCUUGUGCAAUUGUAUUCAACCUGGAAAAACUAAACUCAGAAUAGCUCUAUGACCAUUACAAUACUGUUUCUCAAAAAAGUGUGUGUGUGGUCCUUACCAUGAUUCUCCCUUUAAUGAGUAUUACUGGUAAUGGUGAUGGUACCUUUACUUAGGAAAAUAACUAAAAUACACCUAAAGGGGAAAAAUGUUUUGAUUUUCUCUUAACUUGACUUCCUUUUUUAUUAAGUCAGCAUAUCCUAGCAGGGGGUUUACAAAUGAUGAAAAUAUUCACUGCUCACUUAAAGGGUCACUCCAGACCUCUCAACAACUUUAGCUUGGUGAAAAGUUUUAUGUGUGAAGAAUGUGUCUCUUUUCAUUUUGCAAAAAGUGCAGAUUUCAAUAGAAAUGGACACUUUUAUAUAUCAACCUGGUAACACCCCUUUGGCUUUCAAGCAGACAACAGGUAUUGGUACUCCCUGGUUUCGUUAACUCAAUGCAGCUGACCUCAAGAGGCAGCAAUUGCUCAGAGCAUCUGACUUACCAAGACUUCUCAUUGAGCUGCAUUGGGAAGUCUGUGAUUGGACAGCCACAGAAAGUCUGGGCAGGGUUAGAAGGGGAGGGCUUGCAAAGGCAGCAGACAAGAGAACUGCAGGUUUUGAAAGCUGUUUUUAGAUAUAAUGAAACAUGCACAAUUAAAUGGAUGCAAGUUUUUAUUGUGGGCAUAUUUACUACGUUCUAUGUUUCUAUAAAGAUACGGUUUUACUGACAGACCCUGUAAUUGCAGGUGGUGCAGUAAAUCUCAGCUCAUAGAUCUCCUGAAAGAAGGAUACUGGGAGGAAGUGAUGGACAAUGAACAGCCGAACAUUGUGGUCAGCGACUGGUACGUACAUAGGGUUUUUCACCAUCUUGUUGGGCACAGAGAUCAGUGGUUAUAUCCUUUAGAUACUGUUAAGUUUUUUCAAUCCAUUAUUUAGGGUCACUCAUGGUGGGAGUAGGUUACAGUGUAUUCUUGCUCACACCUUGCAGUCUUGCCCCUUCCAGUAAAAUGCUUAUUUGAAUAAAAGUCCUUGCUCUGUAAAACAAAAGUGGAGAGUACAGAUGGCGUGAAUUCAGACUCUGACAGAUUCCUGUUAAAUGGACAAUCAAGGCUCAAAUUAACUCGUUCUUUUUAAUGCUUUGUAUAAAGUGUUCAUUUUUUUUAUUUUGGGGGGCGGGGGGGCUUGGAUGUAGAGAUUUUGUCUUUUAAUUAAAAGCAGCAAGGUGAAUUGUUAGACUUCUACUCACUUAAGAGGUUUGCUUUGCCAUUGGCUGGUGAGCUUACACUUUAAUGCCACUCUUAUUUAAAUGUAUGUUGACAUUUUGGAUAGUGCGCAGGGAACUUUUUGGGUUUUGUAUUGUUUAUAUUUGGGCCAUUGCUGCUGCCCAGUAGUAGUGGAGGUUUGAUUCUGGGCUAAUUUCUGUGGCAUUAAAAUAUUAAGUGACAAAACAAAAAACACUGACCCCAAAGUAAGGACAAUAAUGUCUUCUCAAACAUCUAAAGUUCUUAUAGUAAAACACUGACCUCUAUGGAAGCUCAGUGAAACUCCAACGCAGUCUUGAUCAGUAUUUCACAAAGAAUAUCCCUUUACACAGUACUGAAAAGUCCAAUGGAGUGUUUUCUAUGAACUUGUUUGUUUCCAUGGAGAUUGCAUCACGAUUAGAACUUUGUCCCACCACUGCAGGUAUGCCGCUAGAUCUGACUCCGGAUGCCUCUAUGAACUCUCUGUCCAGCUCCUGUCUGAUACCAGUGAUAUCAUCACAGAGCAUAAAAGUGAAAUUAUCACCAUUCCUCAGGACAACGAUGGCAGCUGGAACCAGGUGAGUGAAAAAUGCUUCAAAGAUCAUGGAGGAGUCUGUGUGAGGAAUUUUUAUGAAUUGAAAGUAAGGUAUUAAAUGGAUUCUUUGAUUAUUACAAAAACAUAAACCCUAAUCUUUAUUAUAAUAUUAAAAAAGUAGUCAAAUGUAUAAAUAGAAUUCUAUUCUCUGCAUUAGAGUCACACACUAAAAUAAAUAAACCAUGUUUAAUUGAAAUCCCUACUGGAACUGAAAAAGAUAAAUUCUUAUCUGUGGUGGUAGUUAGAUAUUGGCUUAAUGGCUUGAGAUAAUAGGUAUGCUAUUUUAGAGGAUGGUAUUAAUGCCUAGACAUCUCUCUGGUUCCUUCCACGUUUUAGAUCAGCCAUACUUUCUCUGGAUAUGGCCCUGGUGUGCGAUUUGUCAGAUUCCAACACGGCGGGCAAGAUUCUGUUUUCUGGAAGGGUUGGUAUGGCGUACGAGUGAGCAACAGCAGUGUCACGAUUGAACCUUAAUGUGUCCUCACGGCACAGACGCUCUUUACCAAAGACUAAAUCCAAUCCGCAAGCAUGUUCAAGCUCAACACAAGAAAAAUGUGAAGUUAUUGGGUGAUAACCACGGAGACCAACGACCCACGAGUUGGUGGCACAAUAAAUUGGAAUCACCAAAUCCAGGUGUUCCAUUAAUUGAUAUUUUGUCCAAACAGGUCGUGAGCCAACAGUAGCAAUUCUAUUAGGUAUUAUUUUAAAAUAGCCCUUUCUUUUAACCCAAAGACAUCCUUUUUCUUACUCUAUUGCCUAAUCUUUAGAUACCGGUGAUGACUAUGCUUCGAAUGAUCAGUGCUAAUUGUAUAGCUAAGCCAAACUGCUUUUAGACUGAAAUAUUAUAUAAGGAUAAUUUAUGGUAGAAUCUAACAAUAAAGGUAUGUAAUAAAAACAAUAUAUUAUUCUUCAAUGCAAAAUAUUCAACAUUUUCUAGGAGAUAUUUAUUUACAUAACUGAGAAUGUUGCCUCGACGCAACUCGAGUUGAAUUUCUGUUGUGUGGAUGAUGUCACAGGCAGUGCCCAAGGACAUAUCAGGAAAAAAUGUUAAAAACAAUAUUUUUGAAAAGGAAUAAAAUACCAUAAUUUGCAAUAAUAAGACAUUUACAUCUCUCUCUCUCAUAUCUCUCAUACAAAAAAAAUCUAUUUAUUUGUUUCCAGUUAGGCUAACAAAAUAUAUACACAGGCUUUGGUGGAGUGAGGACGAGAAUGAAGGAAGCAAACAUUUAAAAUGGAUCAACGUUGUGUAAAAAUGAACUGUGCUUUAAUUACUUCUCAGUAUUGCAUUACAUAUCACAUAAUUUGCUGAAAUAAUAAAGGAGUUAUUUGCCAACCGUUUUAGCACUUUAUUAGUAUAUGCCAUAAGCUGUACACAUCCGUCCAGUUGAUUUAAUGACAGGUAUAGGUGUGUGCAAGGGGUGGAUUAGGUUGCCUUCCCCGUGUGUUUUAAUGAUUUUUAAUGGCAUAAGGUCACAAGUCAGGUAAAACUAUGGGAUUUAUUGUG